AUGGGCUACAUUAACUGUCAUGAUGAUGUCAUUGCGGAAGUUGAUGUUUUCUUGAGUUCUUGGUUCCCAGUUAACAGAGCAGCGCUAUCGGAUAGCGAUGAUGAAGCUCCACGGAAGGAAAGCGAACCCGGAGCAUUAGACAAAUUUUACCUGGUCUCCGGGCGCAAGCUACUCGAGCUUUCUUACGUAGUCGGUGUGGCUGCCAAAACAAUGCCGAUGGAGUCUGGCUGGAAACUUACGGGACAGCUCUUGUAA